AUGACUUGGACUUGGCCUUGGCCUUGGCUUCUCAAGGCCAGCGGUGGUGUCGGUGUCCGUCGUCAGCGACCGAAGCGGGAGUUCCAGGUGAUGGGCCAGAGCAUGUUCGAGCCUCCAGAACAACGGCUGGCACGGCUGCAGGCCGAGGUGUCCGAGCUGUUGAAAUAUACAGAGGCCUCGGCUUGCAAGGACCCUGCUGCAGCUGAGUUGCUAGGCGCUGAUCCCGCGACGAUGUCGACGGAGCUGAAGGUGCUUGAGCAGAGAUUGACUGGCUUAGCCGAUGGGUCAGCUUCCUGGGGUCGAAGCAGCGGGCGGAACCAGGCGAAUGGGUAUUCUAUGCCUGCAUCUCUAGUGAGCCAAUUGGAGCGAAUGGCCACUGCCGAUGUACCAGCUGGAAGUGCUCACGCAUCUGGGCAAGUGACAUAUGAGAUUCACUACACCCCAAGCGUGGCCAGUAUCAGUGACGGCGCAAAGAUCGCGUCCAUGGAGAGCAGCAUUGCGGAGAUCGAGAAGCAGCUGGGCGUGUUGCAGCCAUCCAAUCCGUUUCCGGAUUUGGAGACCGCCAUCACGCAACUCCACAAGAGAAUCUCUCUUCUGGAUGGUCAGAAAUUGGAGACCAUUCACAAGAGCCUUGACAAGGUUCUGGCUGAAGUGCAGAAGGUCCUCAGCAAGAAGGCGGAGCUAGAAGGCACCACUGACAAAGAGUUGGAUCAGAAGGUGAGCCAGCUGUACGACUUUUGUCAUCGUUGGAGUGCCACGGCGGCUUCGCUGCCCUUGAUUGUAGCCCGUCUUCAAUCGCUUCAGGCCUUACACUUGCAGAGUGCAUCCUUUGCCUCCCGGCUCAAUGCGCUGGAGAAGCAGCAGGAAGAGCUGGCAAAGCUGCUCGAGACCACCUCCGAAGCUGUUCAGGAUCUUCAUUCUGGGCUUCGGGAAAACAUGAGCAUUGUCAGAGACAACAUGAAAAGCCUCGAGGAGAAGCUUGCGCAGGCGGUGCGCAGCUGA